CUGGAAAAACAAGUUUGCCGAAAAUUACGCGCGCAACAAAGGAAAAGUUGGAACAUCGCGAAAACAGCAGCUAUAGUAUUAAACACUAUUUAUUAUAUUUAGAAAUUUGAAACGAUCAGGAAAAUGUCCAUAGCUAAAGAGUGCAAUUCACAAAACUGGAAACAUCCAGAUGAGCUCAUCAAAUUGCAUCGGUUAAAACAGAAGAAAAAGCAGCUGGCUGCGCGAUUGAACCAAAAGAAAAGCUCUACUAGCGUAGAAAAGUUAAGUAAAGAUAAAGCAAGUUUACUGGAAGCUAAAAUUUCGCAAAAACGAAAAAAUCCAUUCGCAAUUAAAUCUGAGGAAACAAAACGAACACGUACCGAUACCACGCCACUCAUCGAAGAUGAUUCCCUCCUUGGAUUCGUUGAAACCCCACCCCCACAGAAGGAAACGUUUGUGCGCGAAACGCCUACACGUCCACCGCCUGCCAAAUUGGUGUUGCAGCCAUUUGACCCGAAAUCUUUCUCUUCUAUGCUACGUGCUACUACCGCCGUAGAUGAUGAUGAAGCUGCUUUGGAAGAACAGAAAAUAACUAAACAUCUGCCAAUGGACUGGACCAUUAAAACUCGAGUACGUAUUUUGUGUCGCAGUGAAUUGCCUACAACAACGCUGAAAACCAGCCAAUUGGCCAGCGGUUUGACGAGCUUCGUACGCUGUAUUGACACCCAGAAUACGCAAUGCGGCUUAGACAUCUCGCCAGCGACGCGUUUCAACCAAGCAACUUACUAUUGGCAACAUCCCCACAUUCCUUGGAUGACCCUCUUUCCACGCAAUUCCAAAAGUAACAAUGGUGUAUUGCUUGGAGAACGUGAGCGCAAAGCACUAGCGGACGAUUGGGAUUACAGUUUUAGAGGACUAUUUCAGCUGCUCCGUGCACGACAGUGUCCGUACUUUUACCUAUGUGCAAAUACAUUUACAGUACUAUUUCGCGCCGCUGGCACCGGGGGUUGUGUAGAAACACAUGCUCUUAUGUCGCCAAGUACACGCGGAAUACGUAGCGCCUUACGACAAGAGGGCAUAGAGUACACAAUGCCAUUGAAAAAGGAUAGCGCUUUAAAUAAGUCUGACGAAGGUAACUUUACGGAGGAGAGCAACAGCAUCGAUGCUGCCAGUGAUGCAAAGGAAACUAGCACUCUAGAUGAUACAACUCAACUACUGGUAGAUGACGAUGAAGAAGAUACCGAUAACUUUUUAGAAAAUCUGGAAGUUAAUGAUAAGGAUUUACGCAGAAUGCAAACUGCGCACAUACGUCGUCUGAAUGUUCAAGAGAUGUCCGAUGACUUCACCGAAAAUUCGCUUUUACUAAUAGAAGGCGUUGAAUGUCAAGGAUUCUUCAGCUUUUUGCUCAACGCUAAAAGCGCCAUUUCAAAUGUGGGAAAGUUAGCGGGCAUUCCACCCACACUACUUGCGCCGGUCGCUUUUCCCAAGGCCACAAUGCAACAUUUAGGUACUCGCUCGAGUAAGGUUCGUAUGGACGGUGUAGACUACAACAGCAUUGAAGUGAAAGGAGUUGUGCUACCCUCAUUCCUGCCGUAUGCCUGUCAUUUGCUAGGCGAAACGAAAGAUACAUUUAGCGCCACUCUUGCCAGCAACAAUAAUACAUUGGCAUUCAGCAAAGCUACCCAACGUUUGCUAGAACAUGCUGGGCCUGCCACAGAUGAAACAGAACAACCUAAGCAAGUCGACGAUGACGCUGCGGGACAGGUUUUCGGACAGGAAAACUUGUCAGACUGCGGACUGCUGCCCUCUGUUGUGGAGUGCAUGUGCCGCACGGGGCAGAAUGCAGUCACCCUCUUGGAGCGAGUGUGUUAUGAUAAAGAAUAUGGCUUCGCGUGGAGUUGACAACUGGCGGCCGGAGCUUAAAAACUAAAUAAUGGAUUUUAAAAUUAAGAGUUUAUACCAUUCC